AUUCUGACUGCAGUCUGUGGUUCUGAUUCCAUACCAGAGGAGACGGGAUUUCACCAUGUUGUCCAGGCUGGUCUGAAACUCCUGACAUCAGGGCUCAGGAUGCUGUUGCUGGGAGCUGUUCUACUGCUAUUAGCUCUGCCCGGUCAUGACCAGGAAACCACGACUCAAGGGCCCGGAGUCCUGCUUCCCCUGCCCAAGGGGGCCUGCACAGGUUGGAUGGCAGGCAUCCCAGGGCAUCCGGGCCAUAAUGGGGCCCCAGGCCGUGAUGGCAGAGAUGGCACCCCUGGCGAGAAGGGUGAGAAAGGAGAUCCAGGUCUUAUUGGUCCUAAGGGAGACAUCGGUGAAACUGGAGUACCCGGGGCUGAAGGUCCCCGAGGCUUUCCGGGAAUCCAAGGCAGGAAAGGAGAACCUGGAGAAGGUGCCUAUGUAUACCGCUCAGCAUUCAGUGUGGGAUUGGAGACUUACGUUACUGUCCCCAACAUGCCCAUUCGCUUUACCAAGAUCUUCUACAAUCAGCAAAACCACUAUGAUGGCUCCACUGGUAAAUUCCACUGCAACAUUCCUGGGCUGUACUACUUCGCCUACCACAUCACAGUCUAUAUGAAGGAUGUGAAGGUCAGCCUCUUCAAGAAGGACAAGGCUAUGCUCUUCACCUAUGAUCAGUACCAGGAAAAUAAUGUGGACCAGGCCUCGGGCUCUGUGCUCCUGCAUCUGGAGGUGGGCGACCAAGUCUGGCUCCAGGUGUACGGGGAAGGGGAGCGUAAUGGACUCUAUGCUGAUAAUGACAAUGACUCCACCUUCACAGGCUUUCUUCUCUACCAUGACACCAACUGAUCACCACUAACUCAGAGCCUCCUCCAGGCCAAACAGCCCCAAAGUCAAUUAAAGGCUUUCAGGAUGGUUAGGAAGUUGAUUAUUAUUUAGUUGGAGGCCUUUAGAUAUUAUUCAUUCAUUUACUCAUUCAUUUAUUCAUUCAUUCAUCAAGUAACUUUAAAAAAAAUCAUAUGCUAUGUUCCCAGUCCUGGGGAGCUUCACAAACAUGACCAGAUAACUGACUAGAAAGAAGUAGUUGACAAUGCUAUUUUGUGCCCAUUGUCUCUCCUGAUGCUCAUAUCAAUCCUAUAAGGCACAGGGAACAAGCAUUCUCCUGCUUUUACAGAUUUUAUCCUGAGGCUGAGAGAGUUAAGUGAAUGUCUAAGGUCACACAAGUAUUCAGUGACAGUGCUAGAAAUCAAACCCAGAGCUGUGGACUUUGUUCACUAGACUGUGCCCUUUUAUAGAAGUACAUGUUCUCUUUGGAGUGUUGGUAGGUGUCUGUUGCCCACCUCACCUGAGAGCCAUUGAAUUUGCCUUCCUCAUGAAUUAAAACCUCCCCCAAGCAGAGCUUCCUCAGAGAAAGUGGUUCUAUGAUGAAGUCCUGUCUUGGAAGGACUACUACUCAAUGGCCCCUGCACUACUCUACUUCCUCUUACCUAUGUCCCUUCUCAUGCUCUUCCCUCCAACUGGGAAAGCCAACUCCAUCUCUAAGUGCUGAACUCAUCCCUGUUCCUCAAGGCCACCUGGCCAGGAGCUUCUCUGAUGUGAUAUCCACUUUUUUUUUUUUUUUGAGAUGGAGUCUCACUCUGUCAUCCAGGCUGGAGUACAGUGACACGACCUCGGCUCACUGCAGCCUCCUUCUCCUGGGUCCAAGCAAUUAUUGUGCCUCAGCCUCCCGAGUAGCUGAGACUUCAGGUGCAUUCCACCACACAUGGCUAAUUUUUGUAUUUUUAGUAGAAAUGGGGUUUCGUCAUGUUGGCCAGGCUGGUCUCGAACUCCUGGCCUAGGUCCACCCGCCUCGACCUCCCAAAGUGCUGGGAUUACAGGCGUGAGCCACCAUGCCCAGUUGAUAUCUCACUUUUUAUUUUGCC